UUGUCCAUGUCAACGCCGCCGGUUUUUGGUCCAUGUAGUGACUACAAGGAGGAAUGUAUUGGUCACAAACAAAAAGUCUUGUUUUAUAUUUCUUUACUAUUGAUUGCAGCCGGGAUGGCUGGUCAUCUUGUCUCUAUAGGACCCUUAUUGAGUCAACAAAGUGAAAGUGAAAAUGAAAAAGAAAAAGGAAAUGAAAAUGACAAUGACAACGGAAAUGAAAAUGACAAUGGAAAUGGAAAUGAACAAAACUCUGGAGCUGAAACUGAAGAGAUAGAUAUAAAGUUUAUGCAAGUACCGGGUUUUUUUAUGGUGAUUGUUGUACUAAUAACUGGAGGUAUUGGACUUCCAUAUAUAAAGCCAUGGUCACUUCGCUUUGGGAUUCCGACCAUAUGUUCGGUGGUGGCAACACUUUGGUUCUUUACUGGAUUUCGAGAGUACAAACAUACUGAGCCAAAUGGGAGUCCUUUAACAACCACCCUGAGAGUUUUUGUGGCUACUGCUCGGAAUAUUUUGAAGCCAAUCCCUAACCGUGAAGAGCUCUCCAAUGAAGAAGAUGCCCGUUCAACAAGCAGCCUUAGAUUUUUAGACAAGGCUGCUAUCAACUUACCCGGAGAGCAAGAACAGAUAAAAUGGAAGGUUUGUAGCGUGCGGGAAGUAGAAGACACAAAGAUUGGUAUCCGUAUGCUCCCAGUGUGGCUAACGUUCAUUGUCAUUGGAAUCGUACUUUCUAUCGGAAACACUUACUUUUUGGAGCAAGCUAAUCACAUGGAUAGAAAACUUGGAAAGAUAAAGGUCCCAAUUCCUAUCUUCCUUUUGUUCUAUAAAGCCACAAGCUCCGUAUCUGCAAAAUUUUAUUCAUUUUUAACGGUAAUAUGUAAGAAGAAGUAUGCACCACCAAUUGGGAUCGCAACAGGUAUGGUUUUCUCAGUAUUAUGUUGUAUUACUGCUGCAAAAGUGGAAACCCGAAGACUACAUCGAAUUAGGGACCAUGGUUUAAUAGAAAAGCCCGACGAGAGAAUCCCAAUGAGUAUAUUUGCACUCCUUCCUCAGUUUAUGCUUCUUGCAGCCGUUGAUGGGAUUACUAAUACGAGUAUCUCUGGCUUCUUUAGGCACCAAACACCUGAAUCUAUGCACAAAUAUCUGGAAUAUUUCACAAAGGGUGUGUUGGGGCUAGGAACCAUGGCUAGUGUUUUGUCAGUCUAUGUUGUGGGGAAGGUGAGUGAGAGAAACCACAAGCCAAACUGGUUUCAGUACACUUUAAAUAAAAGCCGUUUGGAUCGAUAUUAUUUGGUGUUGGCUGGGUUAAGCACGGUUAAUCUUUUUAUCUAUGUAUUUGUUGCAUAUUUCUACAAGUAUAAGGAAUCACCGCAUGGUGUUGAUGAUGAACCAGAAGGCGGAGAAAUGGAUGAAGGUUUCGAAGAUAAUAAGUGUUGUUGUUGAGGUGGAUGUCAUAUUGUUUCCAUUUAUUACUUUUGUGUGAAAUUGAUUUUGGUCAUUGUUGUUGUCUAUUUUCAAGUGGAGUGUAAUGGAUGACCUUGGAUAUAAGUAUGUUACUGGUUGCAUUUAUACAAGAGCAGGAAGUUUGUCCCUAAUCAGUUGACAAAUUAUAACUAAAGAUUGUUGUGACUAAAACGAAUUUUUCUUACAGCCCGUGAGUUCAUCUUAGCACCUGCCACUUCGGCUAUAGGACCAUAGAAUUUAGAGAAUCCACGUCAAAUUUGCUGCUGAAAGUAGAAGAAAACGCCAAAAAUCUGCUGAUUAUGAAGCUGAAAUAAGAUCCGCGUCGUCACAUAGCUGAACGGGAUCGCAAAAGGAGAAAAUCUGGGAAAUCAGUCCCUUGGUGCUACGCGAAGCA